AUGGAUUAUUUCAAAUCCUUGGUUGGCCGGCGGCCCUCUCAAGCGCCGGCUGUGGGAGAGGAUCCUGAUUUUGCGGAUUUCGCUGCAGCACCAGCUCCACCACCAACCUCGAUCCCCCCGUCUCCUGCUGAUGCGCUGGUUGCGGCCCCGACUGCACUUGGACACCGUGGAGUCUACACGAAAUGGUAUCGAGUGUGGGAACGAACGGAAUGGUCCGAUUUUAUGAUGGAGGGUGUCCUUAUUCCAUUCAUCCUUCUCGCAUUGCUGGUACAUUUCUGGGGAACCCGAAAGAAUGCAAGAAAGGCGAAGAAAUGGAUGGCUGUGCAUGCGCCUUUGUUGGAGCGCGAGUUUGCGUUGGUGGGAUACAGCCAAGUCCCUAAGCUCACACCGUAUCCCGAGGGAGUGCAGGCAGACAACUUGGUCGAAGCCAGUGCGAAGUUCACGGGCGACAGUUUGCCUGAUGACCUGUUGAAAGAGAAAGCUGCAUGGGAGUACGAAUCAUACGCCAGCGGACGACAGAACGUGGCGUUUAUGGAUAUCAAGGUCUUCAUGAAGAGACGGAUGAAUCCAUUCAUUAUGAUCGCGGAAGAAAUCACCGGCAUGUUCAUCGAAUCGAUCAAACCCAAGGCGGAAAGAAUGGAGGCUGUUCUCUACACUUUCGACGGGAAGGAGAAGGAAUUCGUUCCGCCACAGGUACCAGGCUCGGAAGAAGUAGGCAAGGCCAAAUCCGUGGGCAACUCCACCUAUGACCAGUUUGUGUUUGCCGUGGUGAACAAGUUGGUCAUGCGCCGACUUCGGGAUGAGCGUUACGAUCUCUCCUUGACAUUUACCAAGGACAACCCCAAACUUCCCGAUUGGGCAACAGUCAUGAGCGAAAGUGCGGAAAUAAGUGAGUGGAUGUUGACCAAAGAGUUGGUUGCGGCCAUCAGCGAAGCUGGGGAUCUCCUCGAGUAUCUCAUCAUCACCGACCAACCCACCGACAAGCCAACCAAUCUGACAGAGACCACGCCGAAGAAGCGACUUCACAUUUCCCUCAGGCUUCCUUCUGAUGGGAACUAUCUUCCAACAUUGCCCAUCUUCCAGGCAUUCCUACGACUACCUGACUUCUUGGUCAGCUCGGGCAAAUUACGCCCGGAGGUGUUGAAGAAGGUCCACGCUACUCGGGAGGUGGAGAAAGGGAAAUUGAAGAAGAUCAGCGACAAGGAGGCUGAGGAGGAACGACUUCGAGCCCUGGAUAAGAUGAAAAAGGAGGAGAGGGAUCGUAAGAUGAGAGGAAUGAGUGCCGAAGAACAACGAAAAUUCUUGGAACGUGAGAAUGAGAAGCAGAGGAAGAAGGCGGAGAAGAAAAUGACACGAAGGGGAUGA